AUGAUGGCACGCACUCGAAUUUCCUUACUUCGUCGCUUCCUUGAUAGGGUCCGCCCGCUCAAGGAGUCUGCGCCUUCCCAUCACCCUAACUUGCAUGGCCUGCCUUGGAUUGCCUACCCGAUUAGCGAGACUGAAGACGGGCCUCGGUGGUGUAGACUUUCAGAUGCCACGCCCAUUGAGUUGUUUUUCGAUCUCUUCUUUGUGGCGAACCUCUCAACUUUCACUGCUACACACCAGAUUAACAAUCUUAGUGUUCUACGUUCGUAUAUAGGGUUUCUUAGUGUAAUCUGGUUCACUUGGCUGCAGGUCACAUUUUUCGAUGUUCGCUUCGCUCGUGACUGUGUUUUUGAGAGAUUGUGCAAAGCAUUUCAGCUUGCGGUAAUGGUUGGUUUCGCAUCAGCAGGAUCGAGGUUCAGCACCACAGUCAAAGAGGAGAACCUCUGGGCAUUCAGGUCACUCACUUUGAUUUUAUCUGCCAGUCGUGCAUUGCUGGCUCUUCAAUACACGGCUGCAGUCAUUCUCCUUCGGCUGCGCGUCAAAUCCGCCGCCAGAGGCAUUACAUACACUGCCUGUGUUUUUUGGUCAACGUCGAUCUUCUACACCUUGAUGUACUUUGGCUUUUCUCGUUCAAUGAGCGUCCGAUCCCGACUUUGGUCGGUUUGGCUCGUUCUUUUUGGCUUAGAACUUUUCAUGGUCGCAGGAUUCUCUCUCCUGUACCCAGAUCUUGGGUUUCAGAAAACUCACCUGAACACGCGAAUGGCCUUGCUGACAUUGAUCAUCAUUGGUGAGGGAGUCAUUGCCGUGACACGGAUUGAGAAUAAGACAGUACGGCCCGGUGGGUGGACCAAGUGGUCGUUUGUUCACAUUCUGGGCGUGACGAGUAAUGUGUAUCUCAUCUGGCAAGCCUACUUUGACAUUUCCCCUCGCCGCCGAUUGAGACCAUGGAGGCAGCAGGUCUGGGUGCAGCUGCAUUUUCCCUUCCACGUUGCGCUGAUUCUUCUCCUUGAAGGGUCUCAGAUUUUGGCUCUCACGCUGGACGUCACAUUAAAACUGAAAUAUCUUUCUGAAACGCUGCUUUUUGUCUGCGAAGAGCCACGACCCAGUACCGUGAAGGCAGUAUCCCUCAUUCGAAGCACCAUUGAUGACAUGGAAAUUCCUUUCAGUCGAGGCGCCACACAAGAGUUGACUGCAAUAUCGACACUCUUGGAGUCUCUUACCUCGCGACCCCUUUGUCCGAGUCGCGAGACCUAUGACUACGAGCACACCACAGACCUUUUCAACUAUUUGACGGGCAAUGUUACUGCGGCGCUCUUCUCGAGCAUGGAGCUCCUUCCGAGCAAAAGCAUUGACAUGGGUCGUGUUACGAAUCAGAAGCUACUUGAGAUGUACGUCAAGCUGCUUGACUUUGUUUAUAUUUAUUACUUCGUGGUGGCCAGUCUAUGCCUGGGGCUUUUUGCUGCCUUCCAAAUGCUCGUUCGUCGACAAGGAACACCGGUGUAUCGAAUGAUUUCCACCGCCGUGCGCCUUCUUUUUGCCGCAUUACUGGGCGGUCUCGUCUCACUUGCCACCUACUUCCCCCUGGCCUACUCGUUCAUGACCUCGCCAAUUAUUCUGUAUGCGUUUGGUAUUAUGCUACUCUGGGGUCGGUUGCCUCCCCGCAAGAAAUUCUCGGUUCUGGAGGCUGAUUGGCUGCAGUGCUUCUACUUGACCGACUCCUGGACUAUCUUCAGUCUCGGCAUCAUGCACUUGACCGACGGGAUUCGGGAAGCUCUCACGAGCUUGAGAGAUCGCCCUCGCCGUCGCCGGCGGGGGCGGCGGCCAACUGCCACUUCGCCUUCGAAAGCCCACUUCAAGUGA